AUGACGCCCGCACUCCCCUCCUCCUCUGCUCCUCCACCGCCUCCCACCUCUGCACCUCGCGACCACCUCCCAUGGUGUGGUGCUGCGAGGUCGGCCUACGGGGCCAGUCUCCGGCAGGACUUACCCCGCCGGUUGCCUGAAUCCUCUAACCCCGACGCCCUCACCUCCACGUACUGCGGGUUUAAUUACCUAAAAGACAGGGACCCGUUGGAGGAUGAGGUGGUCGCGACGGUGAUGGACGCGGACGAAUAUGGAGAGGUGGCGGUGGCGUUGGCCGUCCUCCGGGACGCCACCCUGGAGAGCGCUGAGCGUCGGCUUGCGCUCUGCACGCCGCGGCUGCUCGCUACCCUCCGGCACGUGCUGCUAAUCCCGCGGCACGCCUCCGCGCGGGUCGACGCGACGGCGGCGCUAGUCAACCUCUCGCUUGAGCCGGCGAACAAGGUACGCAUCGUCCGCGCGGGCGCCGUGCCGGCACUCGUCGAGGUGCUCCGCUCGGGCAGCUCGGCGCCGAAGGCGUGCGAGCACGCAACUGGCGAGCUCUUCGGCCUGGCGCUCAACAAGGAGAACCGCGCCGCCAUCGGCGUGCUGGGCGCGGUGCCUUCCCUACUGGACCUCCUGACCUCCCCCGCCCACCACCCCCGCGUGCGCCGCGACGCCGGGAUGGCCAUCUACCACCUCUCGCUGGCCGCCGUCAACCAGUCUAAGGUCGCCCGAUUCCUGGGGGCAUCCAAGGCACUCCUCAGCGUCGUGUCCAGUGCCGCCGAGCCCACGCCCAUCCACAGGCUGGCCCUCAUGGUGAUCUGCAACGUGGGCGGCUUCUCAGAGGGCCGCGCCUCUCUGAUGGACGCGGGCGCCAUCGCGGCCGUGUCCGGCAUCCUCCUCUCCUCCCACGACGUCGCUGAGCUGGAGGAGUGGUGCGUGGCGGCGAUCUACACGCUGAGUCGCGACAGCCUCCAGUUCCGAGGCCUGGCGCGCGCGGCCGGCGCGGACAAGGCCCUCUGCCGCGUGGCCGAGAAGGGGACCCCCGGCGGCAUCCGACGCGAGAUGGCGAGGAAGACGCUGUGCGCCAUGAGGGGCGACCUGGACGAGGAGGCGGACCUGACCGGCAGAAGCCUGGAGUGCGGCGACGGGGACGACUGCAGCGGGAGCAUCGUGUCGGACGGGUUCACGUCGUUCCGGUUUAAUUACCUAAAAGUUCAAGAUGUUGAGCAUCUGAUUGGUGUCCUUCAAGUUGAGGUUGAAUUGCAUUUACUGGUAGAGGAUUUGGUUUCCUCUGUUUCCGCGGAGGCUUUUGAGAAGCUAUAUUCCGGCUAA